AUGCAGUUACCAUCGCCAUCUCCAUCCCUUUCGCCUUCACCUCGAAGUCACUCGCCAUCUCUCGUCCUCACGGAUGCGUUAGCCGAACAUAUAGGCACCAUCUCAUCUAUCGCCCAGAGUCAUAGACUCAGUGGAUCUUUCGAGAAGGAUCUUGGUGGCCCAUUGCCUGGGGGGAAAGACGGAGCUGCUUUUACCUCACCGGCUCCUAAUUCUAAGAUACAACCACCACACGACUCAAAGCUUCACGACAUCCCGGAGGAGCAAGUCAAAAGGCCGAGGAAAUCUUCAACAGCGAAAUCGAAUGGAGACGUGUUGAAGCUCUCUGCUGCUGAGAUGGAAGACCUGAUGUCAGCACCAGAGUCAUUACCCGUGACCUCACCGGCCAAAUUACCCUCGCCAUCUCAUCAAUCUCUGGCUCCAGCGCCUACAAUAGAUAGGAGAAGUUCUGAUAUUUCACCAUCCUAUAGCGAAACUCAAUUUGAAAGACCUCGCAAAAUCAGCGCUCCAGACUCCGUCACUCCUACGACUGAUGGACACCUGGAACGCCGUGCUAGAGCUGAGACGACUUCGAACUCAACCUUGCGGCGACCCGGUGGUUCAUCUCGUGCAAUUUCAAGCCCAAUGACUUCCAGUCACGGACAGAGUUAUUACCAAAAGACUACUCCUGGACAGACAUCGCCAAAGCGAAAGCCAUUGGCAUCAGGAAUUCGUCCAGAACCAUUAGACUUAAGUCACCUCUCAUCUAAGGCUACUGGCAAAUCUACAGGAACAGACUUGCCGUCACCGAUACCCCAGUCCAUCCCUUUACCGCCUAUGUCUAUACCUACUUAUUUGCAACUGGAAUUAUCAUCAACACGACCAUCACCAUUGUACAUAUAUCGAUCAGCCGCAAGCGAAUUUCCAUACGAAUCAUCAAAAGUCAAAUUUGAGCGUUUAUUAAACUUCUUGUUACUACCACCACAACUAGAGCAGGUUCUCUACUUUGGUACAUUAGCCUGCCUUGAUGCAUGGUUGUACACAUUUACGAUUCUACCUCUCAGAUUCUUCAAAGCUGCUUGGAUCUUAAUGCAGUGGUGGGGUCAAGUGCUUGACAGAGAGGCACGAUUCAUUAUGGGAUUCAUUUAUCAUGGUACGGGAAGAAUGUGGCAUCGGUCGAGGGGCAGAAGAGAAAGCAUGGAUUCCAUUGCUCGUUCUCGCAGCGCUUCUCGGGCAAGUCGUCCGUCGGCUUCAACUGCUCCUUCGUACCAAUCGCAGUCGGGACGACCAUUUGAUGUUCCAGCUCCGAACGGCCAACCUCCGAAUUUUGAACAUUUAAAAGCUGAAAUAGAGCGCAAGACGAAGCCAGGCUGGGGUCGUCGGCAUCGAAGAACGAAGUCCCAGCCUUCCUCACUCUCUUCGUAUCACAAAGCAGAUCUAUUGCAAGGCGCUGUUAUCAUCUGUAGCUGCAUGAUCUUGAUGAAACUAGACGCCAGUCGGAUGUAUCACAGUAUCAGAGGUCAAGCCGCCAUCAAACUUUACGUUAUUUUCAAUGUGCUUGAGGUCUUCGACAAGCUUCUCGCAGCACUAGGUCAAGACAUCCUCGAAUGUCUUUCCUCAAACGAGACACUAGAACGCGACAUUGAUGGACGAAGCAAAAUCCUCCGUCCCAUGGGCAUGUUCAUCCUAGCCCUAAUCUAUAAUGUCGUCCACGCCGCCGCCUUAUUCUACCAAGUCAUCACUCUGAACGUCGCCGUAAAUUCCUACUCCAACGCCCUGCUUACCCUCUUGAUGUCCAACCAAUUCGUGGAGAUCAAAUCUACUGUUUUCAAGAAGAUAGAAAAAGAUAACCUCUUCCAACUCACGUGUGCCGAUAUUGUGGAGCGGUUCCAACUCUGGCUUAUGCUCAUGAUCAUCGCGUUACGCAACAUUGUUGAAGUCGGAGGUCUGAGUAUGCUCGGUGGUGGAGCCGAUGGAGAUUUGAUGCGAGAUCCAACCGCGCCGUCAAGAAGCAAUUCCAUCAUGCCCAACAGUUUCACUAUCCUACCCAGCUGGUCGGGUGAAGUGCUGUCACCGUUUCUACUUGUGCUCGGCAGCGAGAUGUUAGUAGAUUGGAUUAAGCAUGCUUACACCUCGAAAUUUAACAACGUUAAGCCUGCUGUCUAUAAUCGAUACCUAGACGUCUUAGCCAAGGACUACUAUACCAAUGCCUUCGUAAACCAAAACCUAAUCAAACGCCUCGGCCUCCCCGUCAUUCCCCUCUCCUGCCUCUUCAUCCGCUCCGCCUUCCAAACCUACCACAUGUUCCUCGCAACCCACCUCCCAUCCCCGCUCCCCUCCCCCUCCCUCUCCACCUCCCUCUCCGUCGAAUCCUCAUCCCCCUCCACCACCGCCGCCCUCGACCACUUCGACACCAUCAUCCGGCGCGCGCUCGGCGGCUCCCCUUUACCCGGCCACUGGAUGAUCCCGGACACCGACUCCCUCCUCGCCGCCACGACCAUGAUAGUAUUCUUCCUAGGUCUCUUCCUCGUUCUCCUCGCGCUGAAACUCGUGCUUGGGAUGCUGCUUUUGAAGUUUGCCAGGAAUCGGUAUAAGAGCAUGAAGAAACGGGAACACGAGUCACAGUCUAAGAAUGGGGAGAAGGAGAAUUAUAAUACGGAGGGGAAGAGGUUGGGGAGUUGGGGGAUGACGGAGAUGGAUGAGGAUAAGAAGAGGUGGAUAUUUGAGGAUGAUAAGGAGGCGUUGAGGGUGGGGAGGGAGAAGGAGGCGAAGUGGAGGGAGAAGAGUGAGAGGAUGGGGUUGCAGGAGUUUGGGAAGAUUAGUAGGUAUGAGAUGGUGAAGAGGAUUUGGUGA